UUUCACAGCAUAAAAGAUCUUUGGCGCGCAGACGCGCUUCUUCAGGUUUCCCGUUGCCGUGGAAACGCCAGCAUCACAAACUGACCACAGUUUGGAUAAUUUAUAACAGGAAAAAAAAAUACACAUCAAAACAUUCACAGCAAACACACAAUGUCCGGGUGUGAAGAGCGGGCUCUCCUGGAGCUCAACCUGCGGAGGGAGACGUGGUGUCAGGUGGAGACGAACCCCCGGCAGUCCUGGGAGAGGACCGAGAGGAGACAUUACCGGAGUCACCUGCGGACCAGCCCGGUCCUCCUCACCGCUCUGACCGCCGGACCGCAGCGCAGGGCGGCGGCCUGCAGCGAGCGGCCGCCGCCCGCCAAGCUUCCGGAGAGAAGGCACUUCGAAGAGAACCAUAAAUCACACCUGGUGUAGGCGGCUGCAGCCCACAAGCUAAUACAACAAUUACACACGGGACCUGAACACACUUCAACUUUCAGGAUUUUAUUUCCAUUAACACAGAGCAGAAUA